GCGGCGCGAGCAGAGGUUGCUAGGGUUACCGAUGCUGCGAAGAGACCGGCGGAGUGGAAGGGAGCGCCGCAGUUCCUUCAGGCCAGGCGGGGAGAUCUUGUGUAAGAUGAGUGGAAGGGAUCUUCGGGCAUUUGUUACAACUAACAGGAGUAGUGAUAUAGACAAUCUGGUUGUUCGUGUGAAAAAUGGUCUGAAGAGUCCAAAGUAUAAACCUGUUGACUAUGAACAGCUACAUGCAAUUACUGAGGCUAAGAAAUUACAGUCUGCUAACAUACUAUUAAAGAUUAAAAAGAUGGAACAUGCCUCAAAAGUUAACAAAGAACAAAUGUUGCUGAAACGGCACAGCCAAGUGUGGUGGCAAGAGCACAAAAGACUGCAUGAAAUCGGGAAAAAACUGGAAUUAGAAAUACAAACCUUCUUUGAUGAAGGAAGUGAAUGUUCUUUGGACUUAUGGGACUUGCAGUAUAAAUUAUCAAAGGUGUUGGAUACAUUUCAAGCAAAUACAGUGGAACCUAUCUGGCAGCUAAGGGAGGAUUUACGGUACAGACUACUGGAAAUACAGACUAACUGUGAAAAGGAGUCCUGCCCAGAAUAUCAGUUUAAUCCUGAUGAAGUGUUAGAACAGGUUGAGUCUGUGAAGAAACAACAGAAAGUUAUUUUGGAAAAACUUCACUGUGAGAGAAUGGCUUUGGAAAGAGAGCUUGAAGAAUACACAACUGAUAUAUUAACAUCUUCUUUGGAAGAGAGGGCUGAACUCUUUCGUGAAAUUCCUCCACGGUUAAUGGCCUUGGAAUGCCCCUAUCCUGAUCUGAAGGAUUCUGUUUUUAUGGAAUUUUAUAAACUUGCAGAUCAAUAUUGGUUGAAGCUCCAAGAAAUUGAUCAAGACUUAAAAGACAUAUCAAGCAAUUUCCAAUGGAGCGAGGCAGAUAUCUGGGUUUAUCAGGCUGUUGUUAGUCAAUAUCCAAGCGAUAUUCAAGGAAGAAGAACUCUCUAUUUAGAUAUGCUGCAGAAACUUCUACCUCAUAAAUCUAGGCAAAAUCUAGUUGCUCAUGAAAGGGCAUGGGACCACUAUCAUUUUACUAGGAAUCAGUGGAGAGCUUUGAUGUUUAACUGGGCCCAAGCUAGAAAAGCAUUUUUACUGAAGGCAGUAAUGACUAUCGCGGAAGCUUGUGCUGCUCAUGAGACAGAAAUUAUGUUGGCUAAUAAUAGAAGAAAACAACAGGAAAUAUGUGCGGAUCUCAAAGAAAAGGUGCUACAGUGGCAUGCGCAGCAGGAAGAGGCUGCCCGACUGGAAGCUGCAAUCGCCGCCAGAAGGAAAGAGGAAGAAAAUGAAAAAGAGAGGUUUCGGAAAGAAAAGGAAAUGCUUCAGAGAGCAGAGGAUAAAGAGAAAGUAAAAAAAUAUUGGGCUGAAAAACAACGCAAGUGGAAGGAAUUGGAAGUGAAAGAUCUAUUGCGUCUGGCAGAAUUUAAGAAGUUAAUGGCUGAACAAGUCCUUAAGGACAAAGAAAGGGUUCAGUUUAGACAAAAACUGUUGGAGAAGCGCUUGUUGGAGAAAAAACAAGCAGAGCUAAAAGAAGCCCAUGAGGAGGAGGAACGAAAAAGACGUCUUGAUGCUCUCAGGCAACAGGUUGCUAUUGUGGCAGAAUGUGAUCCGGCUAGAAUGAUGGCUGACACUAUUGCAUCUAAAGCUCGGAUGGGCAUUGGAACAGAAGAAGAGUUUUUUCUACAGAAACCUCUCUUUGAUUUGCAUACAUUCAGUGCCGAGCAGAUCAUUUCUGAUACCCGGGUUCGGGUAGAGCUAGCCCUUCGAGAAGCUGGACUUCAUAAAACACUUUACGCUCAGGAGCUUUUACCUCAGAUUCCCCCACCCAAACCUCCAAGGAGGGACAUGGACUCCACAGUCUUCAAAAUGUAGAACUGGGAACUAAUCAAAGAUUUUGAAUCUUCAGAAAGCUUUCAUCAAGAAUCAUUUAAUAAACUAUUUUAAUUCAGGAAAUAAAUUGGAUGUUGAGUUGUG